GCUUUCCUCAUCGCCCGAGUCAUACCUCACGGCGCCAAGGACGGUCGACCCAGGUACCGUUGUAUCGCUGCAUAUCAUCACCAAGACUGCUACGAAGACCUUCCAGCGGCCGCUAUAAGCCGCUUCGUCACUCUGCUCAAGCAGAGGGAGAACGCGGAGGUCGUAAGAGCCGAGAUCCAGAAAUUACAAGGCAAGCACGGUCGGUGGACCCAGGAGCCCAAGCUUCCCAAAUACCCGUGUCCUUUCACGGCAUCGUUGCUGGGCAUGGCGUGGUGUGUAGACAAUGGUGAAAUGGACCCAGCGGGAAACCCCUACACGAGCGGCAUGGCAUUCGCUUGGGACGUGUUAACAGCUGAUUGCUCACCUUGGGACGAGCGCAGUGAGUCUCAAACCGUCAUAGACGUAACAGAGCCCGAGUCCCCUGCCUAUUGUCAUAUUCAGCCAGAUGGGUGUAUGGUCGACGCGGAACGCUAUAUGCGCUACUACGGUUAUGUUCCCAGCGAUCAGAAAACGAGACGCCUUCUGCAUGCCUUGGACGGCAUUCCACUGGUAACACUAGAUAUGAUCGACGAGGCGUGGCUACAGCAGGGUAGGGAGGAACUUGAAGGCGAAGAGGGCCUCGUCACGGUCGUAAGUACCUGCGGACGCCCGAGAGCCUCAAGGGAUGUCAGAUGCUCUUAUUCCCUCCCUGGCCCAGCUAUCGUUGGUACCCGCACUGGAGCAGGCUAUAUCUAG